AAAGUUUGUUUCACUCCACCCCUCCGUUCGCGGUUUGGUAUCUCCCAAAGGAGGUGCAUUGAGCAGCGGCGGUUAGUUGCUUGGGGCAUUUCGGCUGCCUCUCUUUUGAAUCAAGAUGCAAACUUUGGACCUGGGCAACCGGGAGGAGGGCAAAAUCUGGCAUCGCAAGCCCUCCCCGUCCACACAGCAGGGAGUCAUCAUCAAUAUUAUCCACAGUACCACUGGAUACCAUUCCAAGACCAUACGUUUUUUGAAUGUGGCUUUCGACACCUCUGGAGACUCCCUCCUCGCUGGAGACCAUCAAGGAAAUGUUUAUGCUUUCGAAUUGGCGGCCAACAAGUUCAACCUGGUUCAACGAACAGCACAAGCUUGUACUGCUUUGGCAUUCAAUCUCCGCAGGAAGACAGAAUUCCUGGUAGCGUUGGCUGAUUAUUCCAUCAAAUGCUUUGAUACAGAUACUAAAGAACUUGUUAGUUGGAUGCGAGGGCAUGAGUCUUCGGUGUCUUCAAUCUCCGUUCAUGGUUCUGGGAGAUAUGCCAUCACGUCAUCUGCAGAUACGGCCCAACUCUGGGAUCUCGACACAUUUCAGCGGAAAAGAAAGCUGAAUAUCCGCCAGUCUGUGGCUAUCCAGAAGGUUUUCUUUCUCCCGUUAAGUAAUACUAUUAUAAGCUGCUUUAAAGAUAACACGGUCUUUGCCUGGGAGUUUGACACUCUUUCCUGCAAGUACCAGCUGCCAUCUCCCAUAGAAGGUUCUGCCUUGCGCUAUAAGGUUUUUGCUGUUACACGAGAUGGCCGUGUCCUUGCAGCCGGUGGAAAAUCCAACCACCUGCAUUUAUGGUGUUUGGACUCGAAGCAGCUCCUAAGAAUAAUCCAGAUGCCAACCAAAGUGCGAUCUGUUCGCCACCUGGAAUUCCUCCCUGAUAGCUUUGAUGGUGGAUCAAAUCAGGUUCUUGGGGUGCUGAGCCAGGAUAAUAUCCUGAGAUUUAUUAAUAUCCAGACAUGCAAGCUUCUCUUUGAAGUUGGCACUCAUGAAGAAGGGAUCAGCAUGGCUACCCUGAGCCCCAACGGGAGAUAUAUCGCCGCAGUCAUGGAGAACGGCAGUCUUAGUAUAUACAGCAUCCAGGCUCUGACUCAAGAAAUAAAUAAGCCACCUCCACCUCUGUUCAAAGUCAUUGAAGAGUCCUCCCGAUCCAGGUUUGACACAGAUAAGCUAACAGUCAGAGUGGCCCCUGGGAUCUCGGCGAAGCCAUGGAAAUCAAAGGCAAGCAAACUCCAGACAAAGGUCUUAAGGCCACAGAGAGAUGUAUCACAUGAGGAUAAAGAGAAUGAGCUGCCAGAUGGACUGAACAAAAAGCGCCUCCAAGCUUUGCUGAAAGGAUUUGGAGAAUAUCCAACAAAAUACCGGAUGUUUGUGUGGCGCUCCUUGCUCCAUCUUCCGGAAAACCACUUGGCCUUCAGCAGCCUGUUGGAUAAAGGGACCCACUCAGCAUUUGUGCACCUUCAGAAUGAAUAUCCUAUUAAAAGCAGGAAACUCUUGCGUGUCUUACAGAGGACUUUGUCUGCUCUGGCUCACUGGUCCACCAUCUUUGGUGAGCUGCCUUAUGUCCCUUUGUUGGCCUUCCCUUUCGUCAAACUCUUCCAGAACAACCAGCUCAUCUGCUUUGAAGUGGUUGCUACUGUAAUAGUUAAUUGGUGCCAGCACUGGUUCGAGUUCUUCCCAAAUCCGCCCAUCAAUGUCCUCAGUAUGGUGGAAAACAUAUUGGCACAACACGACAAAGAGCUGCUCCAGCAUUUGAUGAAUUACAAUAUAACAUCACAGGUCUAUGCCUGGCCUCUCCUGGAAACAAUGUUCUCUGAGGUUCUGACAAGGGAGGAAUGGCUGAAAAUGUUUGAUAAUAUCUUCUCCAACCACCCUUCCUACUUUCUGAUGGUGGUUGCUGCUUACAUUAUCUGUUCCAGGGCUCCAUUGCUGCACUGUAAUCAGAAAGAAGACUUUGAGUACUUCUUCCAUCAUCGGAAUAACCUGGACAUCAGUGUUGUGAUCAAAGAGGCCUACCACCUCAUGGAUUGCACCCCAGCAGACAUCCAUCCCCGGCGGAUGCUGGAUGACUUUGUGCCGCUGACCAAGGGACAGUACCCCAUAUUCAAUAAAUACCCCAAGUUCAUUGUGGAUUACCAGUCUCAGGAGCGGGAGCGAAUCCGACAGGAUGAAAUUGAAUACCUGAGAGAGAGACAAUUGGUUCAUGAGGUAGAAGCGAAAGCCAUUGAGCGCAGAGUGGAAGAUGAGACUUGGUAUCGGAAGCAGGAGCUACUUCGUAAGGCAGAAGAACAAAGAAGGAAGAUCCUGAUUCAGGAGGAAGAGAAGCUAGCAGAACAAAGGCGGAGGCUAGCUGCUGUAAAGAGAGAGUUGAAGGUGAAGGAGCUUCAGUUACUGGAAGCCGCAAGAAGGCGUUUCCUGAAAUACCAGCAGGAUCAACGGGAAAUGGAGCUCAAGCGGCUUGAUGAUGAAAUUACAAGGAAGGCAUCAAUGAGAGAUCAAGAAACAGCUGCUACUAUUCGAGAUGUAGAAGUGCAGCAGAUGGAGCUUCAAUCGCAGAGGCGGCUUUUUGAACAGAAACUAAUCAAAGAGCAGGAAGCCGUGACACAGGAAGUAAAGGGGGAAUUGGACACCAGCCGAAGGAAAGCUGAUCUUGAGGAACACUUGCUUCAGAGGUUGAUCGAAACUGACCAGGGCAGGGAACACACAGCACAACGCCUUGUGGAGGAAUGUUUGGCCAAAGCUGACCAAGAGCACCUGGACACAGGCUGGCGGGCUCAGGUGCUGCGCAUGCAAAGGUGCGAUGACAUGGAUCGCGAGGGGCGUUAUCAGGAGAUAGCAGCACUCCUUCGUGACAACAGAGCAACAGAGGCGGAGUUGCGGGAUGCAAUGAAGGCGGAGGAAGCCCAAAAAUGGGAAGAUGUUCUGGAGGAAAGAGAGCAUUUGGCAGCAGAACAGGCAGUCACUGCAGCAUUGGAUGCCAACAGAAAGCAGUUUCUAGAACGUGAGAUGAAAGAUGCGGUAGAACUGGCUGGGAAACUCCAGGAUGAAGAUGGCUAUUUUGAGAGGCUGCGGGACUUGAGAGCUUCUCGGCAAGGCUUAGAAACCCAUCAGGCAUCCAGCAAGACUCAAUCACAGCCUGGCAACACCUGCUUGAACGAUUCAUCAGGAGCAGAUUCUUCAGCACAGUUCUCUUUAGACCGAGGACGGCAAGAGCUGGAGACUCGGGAGCGGGAGCUAAUGGCAGAAGUCCGGCAGUUAAGGCAGAGGCUGAUGUCCCAGGCUCAGGCGAGGCAAGCGCCAUCACCGGUGGAUGCACAGGGGAGCAGCUGAAGACCAGGACCGGCUACAGAUGGACAUUUUUUACUGAGAUUCUAAGUCGCUGCACAAAAAGGAUCAAAGGGACAGAUUUUGCACCAUUUAUUUGUAUCUUUAGAGAUAUGUUUUGUAUUUAAAGCCAUUAUAUAUGUUGAAAUUUACUUUUUAAGAAAUACAUUAAGUAAAUAUACAUUUUUAAGUAAA